GCCCAAGGUGGGUACAUUCCACGAAGGCAUUCCACUACCUUCGAGUUUCAUGCUUUUUCAUAUGGCCCGGCACCGUACCAUGUUGCCAGUGGCUGUGGCCUUGCUGAGCUUCUGCGUGCUUCCGUGGUGCCGCGCGAUCAAACUUGGGGCCGAUUCGUUCGCGAAAGCAGCUGCGGAAGUGCAUAUGCCCCGCGCCCCGGAAGCGGCAAAAUGGCUGUCCUGGUGGCUGGAGGGGAACAGGUCCCAGAUGUUGACCCUUCAUGACUUGCAGGUGAGUGAGGACACAACAGCCAUUGUCACCCACGCUGGUAAGAACAAUCAGGAGUUCAUCGACAUGGCUGUGAUGCUCGGUGUCUCGCUGACGCGCCACAUGCCGGACCACCUCAGGAUUGCUCUGGGGAUCAAGGGGAUGACCGACGACAACCAGGCGGCGCUGAAGGAGGCUGGUUGGCACGUUGUCCUCGUCGCAGACUGGAGGGCUCCGGCAUAUUCCUUCAACAGCUGCGGCGAGUCCUGCAUUGACGACGAGUUCAUGGUGCGCCAUCAGGACUCUUUCGAGAGGCUGAACGCAUUCAGGCUGCCGGUCGGCCGCGUUCUCGCGGUGGCGGAUAUGGAUGCAGACACAUAUGUCGCGAGCGGUGCAUUGGGCCUUCUGCUGAAUUCCAGCCAGACCAUUCCCAGGAACAACAUUGGCAUGGUACCGAAUGGGUGCGAUAGAGGUUUCAGCUCUGGUGUCAUGCUUUUCAAGCCAAGUCUUAAAAAGUACCUAAGAAUGGUAUUUCACAUGGCGCAAGUCCUCACGGGCAAUGCGUCCAAGCGGAACGACGAGCAGAUCAUCAAUGCUUUGUACGAGGGCAAAAUUUCCGAGUUGGACAGUAAGUUCAAUUGCAUGAGUCCAACGGGCGUGAACUUGAACCAUUCGUGCCAGAAGCGGUGCGCAGAGGUAGUGGUAUCGCACUUCACUGGUCUUCCAAAGCCGGCUCGGGCAGAUGUCGAGUCCUUCAGCCUCGUCCGAGGCACCGCUCCCUCUGUUCAGCGUAACGGUGACGCCAUGUCUCGCUUCUACUGCGACCUCAUCGAUAGCCAGGCGUUGUUGACGAGGCCGCUGCAGCGCAUCGUCUCCCGUGCUGAUGCUUGCUGCCACACGCCAGCCCUCGAGAGCGACCCUCCUGCUUGCGCCGGAGUGCAGGAGAAGUGCCCUGCGCAGGUGCUGAUGGAGAGCAGCGAGCGAGAACAGCGAGCUUGGUUAGGAGUGUACAACAGGACGGGCAUUGUUUCGGACGCCGACUUCAACGGAGGGCGGCCCAUCUAUGCUGGGCCGGGCAGUUAUUUUUUGUAUCGACGGCGCCUCCCGCGAGUCAUCGCCGUCCCGUCUGGUGGAGGACCCCAAGUUGGUUUCUCUUGGGUCCCUCUUAAAGGCAUCCUGGUGCCUCUUGUUAGGGGCCUGUAUUCGCGGGGUCACGGCCCAGAGGGGCCGGCCCGCGAGGCUGGCCACAGAAGACGUUGGACAUGGGCAGGGCAGCUGUCCACCAGCGGUGUCGCGGCCUCGUGCCCCCCCAGAGAGGGGCCGACGGUUUUCGUGGAGAAGAAAGGCAAUUGGAUGGUUGGCCUGAACCACUCGAAAGACAUUGCGGAGGGCUAUUCGCACAAGCGUGCACCGUGCCCUCAGGAGGCGACGGAGUGGAAGCACCUCUCCCCCACGACGAAGGACUGGGUGCCCAGCAAGACCAGGCUCAGUUCGUUCGGUGAACCAGCCCCCCUGGCGGCCCCUAUGACGGCGGCCGCUGGGACGUCUCCCAGUGGCCCUCCCCGCGCGCCCAGCCAGCUGCCCUCACCGCCAGCAGCCCCCGCGGCGACCUCCCUGGCGCCCCCCCCGCUGGCUCUCCCUGCGGCCCCGAAGGUGGCUCACCCGGCCGCUUCUCCUGGCGGCUUCCCGGGCGGCUUCCCAGGCGCACCGUCUGGCGGCCUCCCCGCCGCCUCCUCGGCGGAAGCAGAUGCACUGAUGAAGCGCUGGAUUGAGGAGGCAGCCAAGAAGUCGGUGACGGCGCCCCGAGCGGUCCCCCAGGCGACCCCCGCUGCAGCUCCCGCGGCGGACCCGCCGGUGGCCAGGCCGGUCGAGGCUGCCUCCUCGGCGGCCUCUGCUGCGGUGCCUGUGCAGGCGAAGCCGUACGCGAUCGCGUUUUACGGCGGCAUCACUGGUAUACGUGGGAAGUUCGCCCAGGAAUCAUCGCAGAGACAGUUGCAGGAUGGACCACAGGCGAGCAUGAAGUCGACGGUGAACCUGUCGAUCCCGGCCAAGCUGCUCGAAGAGAACCUUCUGGGUCCUACUGACGUGUUCAUCCACUCGUGGAGCCCAAGCUAUGGGGGCUCGCUGAAAAAGCUCUACAAUCCCACAGUCGCGCACUAUGAAGUCAAUGAAGAUGAUAUGCCCGAGAUCAAUGCAAUGGCGGAACGUCUUCCGCAUGGACACUGGAGCGGAGGCGACUACCCUCAAAUCAACCACGUUUCGAUGGUUCGUUCCCUGUCCAAGGUGCUGCAGAUCAUAGACGACUACCAAGAAGCUACAGGCCAUGUGUACGAUUCUGUGUUUCUAUGUCGUCCAGAUGUUCUGUUGAAAACGAAGAUCGACUUAAACAUGUCUUCACCUAGUCGACUUGAGACGCCCGGGAAAAACCAGAGACUGGCGGCUGUAAGCGAGAACGCUGUUUUUUACACGUCUGGGAUCAGCGGGCGUGCAGACUUCCACUACCUCAUGUCUGGGCGCAGCGUGAAGGCGUUCUCGACAGUGUACGAUUCUCUGCCGAGCUUGACGAAGCCGAUUAUGGCCCACUCUGGAUGGAUGCAAGAAUUCCUUUCACAGAAGAAGCUGCGCCCAUCCCCCUCCGACACAAUUGCAAGCACGGAUGAGGAGGUGUACCGUAAAGUGCCAGACACGCCCGAGUGGAGGGCGGUCCUCGCACCCCUCAUGCCGCCGCAGUGUAUCGACCAGCUGGUGUCGCACAAUGGGAUUUCUGACGACUGUCUUGUGGACAUGUAGCUGAUGCGCCGGCACUGGCCCAGGCUGGACUCAGAGGAGGAAAAGGUACCCAUACUGAUAUCUUUCGCUAGCUUUCCCCCUUUUUGGGCCUCCUGGGAGGCCCUCGUCCUCGCAUCGACAUUCAGGUCAGAUCGCAGGUCUGGGGAGUAGUGGUAGCGGUGCCUUUUGGUUUUGGACGGGCAGCGUCAAAUCUUGUCGGCGCAACGAAAUUCGUUCAAGUCAGGGCGGUGCCCGUGCAAGUGAGGACUUGCCUGUGCAUUUAUGCUUGUAAGCUUCACGCCCUUUUCCAGACGAGCGACGCGCAUUGUUAGUGGCAACGCGCCUUAUGGGCUGAAGGGGUCCAUGUAGAUUGCUUCGACCUUUUGGGUCUGGAAGAUGAGUACUUGUUGGUCCACACAAGCAGGUCG